CUUGACUAAUACUUGUGAAUACAGGUUGAGUCAUCCAUGUUAGAUAUAGAGAGCUGUCGCUCAAGUGAACGUCGAUUCGAAUAAACAUCCAAAUAUGCAUGUUAUUUGUGUGAUCGGAUUUAUAUCUGCAUUCAUUGUAUUUGAAGUAAGUGGAGUUAAUUUCAAACAAUCUGUACGGUCGCACGUGAACGAUACCGCCGGUUCGAAUCGUAUUAAAAGAUUGCCCAAAGUGUUAAAGAGAUACGCAAACAGACAUGACGUAUCAAUAGCUAACAAAUUUGGCGUGUCAAGAAAUGGAAACGAGCUAACAAACGGAAACGAACCAAGUCGAGUACCAUGUGUGAACAGCACCACCAAUCAAUCUGUGUGUCUCUGCUCUUCAGAUGGAACAUUUACAGACUGUUCAAGACGAAACCUUACUUUCUUUCCCAUUGUUCCACUGGAAACUAAGACACUGAAUAUGAGCGGAAACAGUUUAAAGAAUUUAGAUCAAGAUAGUUUAACUAAUAUAUCUACUUUAUCUAAAAGUUUAAAAAGUUUAGAUAUUUCUAAAAACAAUAUUUCAUACAUAGAAAACGGUUCACUGUCAAAUUUUACAGUUUUAAAGAUUCUUAAUGUAAGUGUCAAUCAUAUCUCUAAUAUAGCUAUUGAAAAUCUUACUAGUGGAAUUUCAACCCAGCUCGAACAUUUGAUACUGGAAGGGUUGCAAUUGAAGGAACUUCCAUAUCUUUCAAUGCCACAUUUGAACAAUACACGCCUUUCGACUUUCUCUGUUAAAAAUAACAGCAUCAGGAAAGUUUCCACUACCGACGUUUUUCAAUCCUUGAAGAAGCUAAAAUAUUUGGACCUUUCGUUUAAUUCCAUUCGCCAUAUCCUUAUAGAACACUCUGAAAGUCUGGAAAGUUUCAGUUUGUCAUCGAACGAGUUAACUGGAAUCCCUCAUUGCUGUAAGAAUGGAACUAAAUUUCCUAAUUUAACUUGGCUUUUUCUCGACGACAACUGUAUACACGAUUUACAUACUGAUCGCUUGGACUGUUUGGAUAAACUGGAACUGUUAAAUAUUUCAGCUACGAAAAUCCGGCGUGUUUCGACGAAUAGUUUUGCUGGGUUUAAAUCCUUACAAAGAUUAACCUUAGAGAGAACGGACAGUUUACGCUAUCUUGAGCCGUAUGCAUUCAAUAGUUCUUCUCUUGAAAGAGUAUAUAUUCGUUUCAACGAUUUGGAGUUCACUUCGGAACAGGUUGACACAGCAACGAUCUUGCAAUUGUGCCGAGGACUUGUAAAGCUAGACCUUUCCGGUAACUGGAUGCCAAUGUUGAAUAACACUCUAUGGGAUUAUCUGUUACGAAAUGUGUCCAACCUCAUAUAUCUGGAUAUAAGUUACAGUGGAAUUCUAUUUUUACCCGAAGCUAUCCCUAACAAUUUACUCAAACUUCAAUCUCUUCAUGUUACCGAUAACGCAAUAGAUUUCAUUCCAAACGGUUAUUUUAAUCCAUUGAUAGAAUUAAAAACACUCUACUUGAAUGGUAAUAGAUUAACUACCAUCACAGAACAGGAUUUUCCACCAAGUUUUACAUAUCAUCUAGAUUUCAUCAAUGUUGCUUAUAAUCCAUUUGUUUGUAAUUGUGACUUGUUGUGGUUUAUUGAAUUUACUAACAAAAAUAAGCAUAAAAUGGAUUGUUAUCCAACAGAGUAUGAAUGUUCAAAAAUUAGACGGAAGUUAAUAAGCCAGUUUAAGAUUAACAAAAAAUCUUGUUUAUUGAGAAAGGAAACCUCUAAAAUAAUUAAAUGCACCUGUAUUGCGGCGUUGUCGUUAAUAUUAAUCAUGACGGUCGUGUACCGUUAUCGCUGGCGAUUACGUUACACGCUUUACUUUCUGAAUUUUAACCGUCGCAAGUGUUCGACAAACAGAGGAACGGUGUAUACCCACGACGUUUAUAUUAGUUCGGCUCAUGCUAAUUUCAAUACGGUUUAUUACAAAAUUAUUAUGGAACUUGAAAGUAAAGGACUCAAAGUUUACUUUCCACAUCGAGACGGCAUGCCAGGGACGAUGGUUUUAGGAGACUGUUUGGAUAGAAUAGAUAACAGCAAACGUGUUAUUUUAUGUUUAUCAAAUGCCUAUUCUCAUGAUAAUCUGUGUGAAUUUGAAGCCCAUAUGGCAUUAGAAAGAUCUCUUAUUGAACAUGGUGACAGUAAUGCUCUCAUUGUGAUCGUUUUAGAAGAAAUUUGUUCUCUGAAUGUGACCAAGAUCAUACAUAAAUUAAUUCGGACUGGUGAUUAUCUUAUAUGGGACGAAAAUCACGCAUCCGACAACCUUUUUUGGAGACAACUUGGUGAAAGAAUGGAAAUAAUUUAAACUGUUUUUAAAGGAAUGGCUCAUAUUUUGUUUUCCAGUCUAUCUGUACAUAGGGUGGGGCUUUUGUUGAAGCUUCCGCCAUAGUAAUUACAAGUAGGUCUUGGGUAAUGUACACUAUUUAUAUCGCUUUAUAAUUGUAAAAAAAUAAUUUUUGCAUAAAAA